CCACAGAGUGGACAGGGCUGUGAUUAAAUAAAAGAGCCAGAGACUGCUUAUUUGAUUCCGAUCUUAAGUAAUUAUAUAGUUAAUUGUUGCUGUAUACUAAUCAUUUACAAAUCAUUGGUCUCAAAUCAUAUAGGCAAAGAAGCCUAGAGGAAAAUCUAUUAUCUGUAAAUAUAGUUUUAACAGUUAUCGUGCAUAACGCUCGGUGCACGUUACAUUAGUAUUUUAUUUAGUUAUUCUAUAGUUGUUUAAGUGACACAGGUAAGUCAAAAUAAUGAAAAUGUUAAAUAAUUUUCACUUUUAUUGUCAUUGUUAAAUGUUUAUUCAAGAAGAGAAUGUGCAAACUCAAAGCUACAAGCCACAUUCUUGUUUAAAGCUUAGUUUAUGUUACAUUCAGCAAUUCUGCAUAAGAAAUAGAUAUUUCAUGUUACUGUCUAUGUUCAAACCAUGUUUUGGAAGCCUUAUUCAAUGUAGACAGCUACCGUUAUGGUUGGGACAAAAUUUUCAAAUGUUUUCUGUGCUAGUCAAUAUGUGGUGUUGGGUUGCUCUGUGAGACUAAGAAUCAUACACAACAAAAAGAAUAAAGGUAUAGCAUAUGUUACUAUAGUGACCAUGUUAUCCUAAUCAGGAGAUCUUUCUGCUGCUUUGUUUAUGAGAUACAAGUAUUGUUCAUGUAGAUACUGUCACAAGGAAAUAAAUUGAUGUGAUGUAGAAUAGCCAACUCUAUCAAAAAUUGGUAAUUUCUUAUGUAUUUAUUAGUGAUGCCCUGAUGAUCAAUUAUAAAUUUUCUGUUGUUUUCUCUCUGUGUGACUUACUCUUUUGGUUGUGGUAAUGUUUCUCAAAACUGCAACAGAUCUGACAGUGCUAGAUUGAUAUUUCCAUGGCCUGGCAAUGCCCAGUCUCCUGUGAAAAUAUUUUGGUUUACAGGAAGAAAUUCAGGGUCCGAAGACCUCCAGUCAACACUAAUCUUAAUUUGCAGGUUGAGAUUUGCCGGUUAUGUCAGAAAACCCAUGUUCAUAAUGAUUAACCCUUUUUCAUCUUUUCAUAGAUGAAAACAUAUUUAUUCAUUAAAUAUGUAGUUGCUGCUUUAAGAAGAAGUAGUCAUUAUAUAUAUUUUCAUUCCAUGUUAUAGAAAAACAAUUCAAUCAAUUAUCAAAUAUUGAUCGAAAAACCCCUGUCCAAUUCUUUUCGAUGAUCGAUAUGAAAAUGGACUGAUUAAGCAUCUGUAGUAUUUAUUAUGUAGAAGUGUAAAUUAUCUGGUGAAUAAUCAGUAUAAAAGGCACAGUCUCAGGAGAUAGUGACAACUUUGCAGUUAGGGCCUUCAGAAAUUGAGGUUGUCGAAUUGGAGGCCAUUAGCCUACAAAUUUUUAUCAAUAAAUUUUGUUUAAAAAUAAAAACUUUGGUUUUAGAAUUUUUUUUUUACUUUUCAUAAGCAUUAAAUUUUAUUUCUGUUUGUAUUUUGCACACACAUAUAAACAGUUUUAGGCCUUGAUGAAGCUUUUUACAGAUUUCGAACAUUGUAGUAUAUGAGCUUAGCUAAAUCAGUGUCUAUUUUGGGCCAUUUUACUAUGAUUUUAAGGAUCUAAAUUUGGUCCUUUUAAUUUCACUCCCCAAAAGUUAUGUGUUUUCCAAUUUUUUGACAAAAUUGCCCCUCCGAUAAAAAAUAAAUUUGUUUUUACAUUUUCCACCAACCAAAACGGUUUUGUUUGUACAUAUUAUAACCAUACCCUUUAAUUAUUAUAAGCACAAGACAAUCAACUUUAAAAUAAUUUUCUUCUGGAGUGUAACAUUUGUAUGUUGUAACAGGCCCUGUCACUAUUCCUCUGGUAUUGAAAAAAGAAACACUAUUAAUGUAAAGUAUUUUUCAUAAUCUAAGUCACAAAUGUACAGUCCUGUUUGAUUCAUAUUAUUAUAUAUAUGCCAACCAGUGGAUGGUGCGUGGAAAGUUGCUGCUGUUAGUGUAAGACAGCUCUUGUCCAAACCAUGCAGAAAUGAAGAAUAUAACCACAAUUUAAUAAAUAUAUGAUAAUCAGCAAACAACACAAAUUGUGGUUGAAAUGGCGAUGUGAAGAGACACUGGAGCAUCCAUCAUUGAUUGAAUAUACCAAACAUUUUGUAACAGUGUCUGGAAGCAAAUGAUACAUUAUGUACUCUACUAAACACAUUAAUAUAGUUUUUAUUUACUGUUAGACAAUUUACAUAUUACUUCAUAAAUAUCACAUUAAUUAAGCACUAAAUCCAGGCAGGCUUAGGUUACAUUGCAUCAUAACCCUAGAGCCAUAUUUGAGCAAUACAACACUAGCUCACCAACUGGUACAAUCUGAUCUAACUAUCAGGACUUGGAACAUAGUAUGAUAACUGUCAUACAACUUGCAUUCUUCAUGUAGUCCUAAUGAACAUAAUAUAAUAGAUAAGUUAAAGAUAGAUCUGUUGUAUGCCAUUCCAUUAAUACAAGUCAGUAACUUACAUGUAGUAAGGUUGUAAUACUACAAGGUUAGAUCAUCUCAUUGAUAUUUUAGGGCUUACACUUAAUAAAUAAAAAAGAGAUACAGUGGAACUAAAAUUUUGUUUGAAGGUUGCACACCAGAAAUGUAUUUCCUUUGUUAUUUAAUGUUUUUGUUAUCUUUUACAGAUGUUAUGAUUUUUUGGUGAAUUGGCAGCUGAAAUAAAAGUCAACAUGGCGAUGAUGGACAAUAAAGAAUUCCUAAUAUCUCACAUAAGGAACUCAUUUCUUACAAGUGAUGACACUGGAAUGUUUGAAAUGAUUAUUGAUGUGGAUGAUCAUGAACAACAUAGAAAUGGUUUAGCCAGUGACAGUGGGAUGGAAUCCUCGGAUAAUGAACUCUCUCAUUCCUAUGAUAUACUGCCAGACAUGGAUUUUGGAGCACAUCGACGGAGAUCUAAUACAGCACAGAGGUUGGAAAGAAUGAAGAAACAAAAGAGAAACCAGAGCAAAGUGAAGAAUAUACCCUGGAAAGAUACCAACUUACAAUAUUACGCGGAGGAGAAAGGUCAUUUGUUUGAGAAGAAAGAUUUGUCACCACUGAAAUGGAGUGAUACUUCUCUGAUCUCCAGGUUGUCCGAGCAGUUGGAUAGCAGUGCCAGUAUGGGAGAAAACCCCUUCAUAGAAUAUGCCAAGUUUGAUGGCAAGGCCAGUGUUGGUGUAUCCACAAAGAAGAUAGAUAUUUUCCUGACAAUGGUGCCACCGGAGGAUCGGCCAUACCCUAUGACAGUAGUGGUGAUAGCAACAGCCAAAAUACAGGACCUUGUUGGCCUGAUAUGUUGGCAGUAUACUAUAGAAAUGAGGGAGCCUCCCCUACAAGAGAACACAGAUUUGUACUGUUUACAUAUUGCUGAAGAUGAUGGCGAGGUUGACACAGACUUUCCGAGUUUGGACAGUAAGGAACCAGUGUCAAAGUUUGGCUUCACCAAGCUUGCUCUCGUACAGAAAGAUGUUCCUGCAAACACCAACAAACCUUCUGUUAUUGUUACUGUGAAUGUGCCGCACCGAGGCUUUAACAAGUUUCAAGUAGAAUCUAUGAACAUUCCUAUGAGGGAAAUUUUAGAUAAAGUUCUCAAGAGAAGGAAAAUCAAAGUCAGGCCAGGCCAGUCAUACAACUUAGAGAAGCAGGUUGAACCAGGGUUACCAGUUGACCUUGAUGCCAAUCUGUCAAGCAUGGAUACACUAGAGUUCUGUCUGGUCAGAGAACAUAGUAUAAGUGGAGAGAAGGUUGAGAUUGAUCCAGUGGCAAGUAAAAGUGGUACAAGAUUGUUCCGUCAGAGAGCAGUUACAUACGACGCUGACAGUUUAGCAUCCUGUGAUAUGCUAGAGGAAAAGGAUGGAGGUAAAUCUGUAUUCUGGCUGACUUAUUUUGGGCACGACUACAAACAUCAUGAUUUUGAGGCUGACACAGAUAUGUGUAAUGAGAUAGUACAUAAGAUGAACAAUAUAUUGGAAUUGAGGCUUAGCCCAGUCAGGAAAGAUUAUGUUGCACAUAGAGACAAAAAACUACAGAAAAAACGCGAGUCUUUUCAUAAAUCAUGAAAGAGAAAACACAUGAUUAGAAAGUAACAUUCUGUUAUCCUACAUCAGUUUCUCAAGCCAGUUCAUGUUUUCUUAGUUGCUUUUCUUUUUAUUAAUAAAGAGGCCUCUGUGGCCAGAUGGUCAAGGGCCCUGACUUCAAAUCACUUGUUCCUCACCGUUGUGGGUUAGAGGCAUUUAAUUCUACAUGUGAGGAAGCCAUCCCAACUUGCUGCCUGCUUGUGAUGUAAUAAUUCAAGGAUGGAUACCCUGGGUCUUCCUCCACCAUUUAAGCUGGAAAGUCAACAUAUGACCUAUAACUGUGUUGGUGCAGCGUUAAACCCAACAAAAUAAAAGAAAUAAAUUUUAUUAAUGAA